AUUGCUUCAAAAUAGUGAGUUGAACUUGUUGCAUUGACUGGAUCCUCUCGGCAAGAUGAGUUUUUCCAGUCAUGCAUCUUCUAAGGAUACACGCAAUGAGCUAGUAAAUUUGGGAUGGUACCACUAUGAUCUUUCCCGUCAUGCUGCUGAGGCACUCCUCUUGUCCAAUGGAAGUGAUGGAAGUUACCUCUUGAGAAACAGUAAUGAGGGGCCAGGCUGUUUUGCGUUGUCUGUCAGGGCGAAGGAUUCAGUCAAGCAUUUCCAUGUGACACGCAAAGACAAUGGCUAUGUGUUUGGGUUUAACACAUUUGCAACCCUUCAUGACUUUAUCAACCACUUUGCCAAUCAGCCACUAGUAGGCAGCGAAACAGGAACUCUCAUUGUGCUCAAGUAUCCGUACCCAUGGAGAGUGGAAGAGCCAUCCAUUUAUGAAUCUGUGCGGGUUCACACAGCUCUGCAGACUGGACGCACAGAAAAUGAUCUUGUGGCAAAUGCUCCCUCACUCGGUACAAAGGAAGGCUAUCUACUGAAACAAGGAGCAAUUGUAAAGAGCUGGAAGCAAAGAUGGUUCACAUUAAGCAGAAAUGAACUGAAAUACUUUAAAGACCAAGUGUAUGAGGAGCCCAUUCGGACCCUGGACCUAAAGGCAUGCUCUGCAGUCCAGUUUGACUACUCUCAAGAAAGAAUCAACUGCUUCUGUCUGGUGUUUCCAGAGAGAACAUUUUAUCUCUGUGCAAAGACUGGUGUGGAAGCAGAUGAGUGGAUCAAGAUUCUCAGAUGGAAAUUGGAACAGUUUGGAGCUGGCCCCUUCUUCCAACAUGACUGUGCACCAAUGGAUGAUGCAAGGUCCAUAAAGACAUGGAUGACAAAGUCUGGUGUGGAUGAACUUGACUGGCCUGAACAUAGUCCUGACCUCAACCCGAUAGAACACCUUUGGGAUGAAUUAGAGUGGAGACAGAGCCAGACCUUCUCAUCCAUCAUCAAGUGUGACCACAAAAUGCGCUUCAGGGAGAAUGGUCCCAAAUUCUCAUAAACACACUCCUUAACCUUCUGGACAGCCUUCCCAGAAGAGUUGAAGAUGUUAUAGCUGCGAACAGUGGACCGAUUUGACGUGAGAGUCAAGGCAGUUGAGUGCAUACUUUUAGCAAUAUAGUGUGUGUGUACCUAUUUUUGUUUAGUAUAAAUAUGUUAUCAAGGGCGGCACGGUGGCCGACUGGUUAGAGCGUCAGCCUUACAGUUCUGAGGACCCGGGUUCAAUCCCUGGCCCCGCCUGUGUGGAGUUUGCAUGUUCUCCCCGUGCCUGCGUGGGUUUUCUCCGGGCACUCCGGUUUCCUCCCACAUCCCAAAAACAUGCAUUAAUUGGAGACUCUAAAAUUGCCCGUAGGUGUGAUUGUGAGUGCGAAUGGUUGUUUGUUUGUAUGUGCCCUGCGAUUGGCUGACAACCAGUUCAGGGUGUACCCCGCCUCCUGCCCGAUGAGAGCUGGGAUAGGCUCCAGCACGCCCGCGAACCUAGUGAGGAGAAGCGGCUCAGAAAAUGGAUGGAUGUUAUCAAGCAAUUAAAAAGAGUGCUUAAUUCAUUAUGAUCUGUAAUUAAUUGACCUAAUUCAUUUAUUUUUUUUAAUCUCACCUAAAAAUUGCUGAGAAAAGCCCUGAACUCAGAUCAUUUUACACUUGAGACUAUGUGAUUCCCAGGAUGCACAUCUGAAAACAGUGAGUCCUAGCCCUGGAACAAUGAGUCCCUGCAACUUAUCAUCAUGAAGUACAGAGGCAGUAAUCCCCUGCUUUAUUACUUCACAGUCCCACUAUAUUGCAGAUUUUAAUAUGUACAAUUUGUACAAUAUUUCUGACAAAUCCAUUGCUCUUGCUCUCUUGUCAAUAUAUUAUGUUUCGGCAUGGCACUAAAGCAAUUUCUUUAGGAUGAUAUAUUUUCCCGAAAGCUAUCACGAUAAAUGAUAGUAUCGGUGAUGUUUUUUUUUAUUUUUUAUGCCAAUGAUAUUAUAGAGCAUAGUAAUUAAAGUACAUCCUUUUUAAGAAAACAUCCAUUUCAAUUCUAAAGAACAAUGAACCUUGGCAUUGUAAUUUAGAACAAUAAAUAAAAUAUCAGAAAUAAAGAACAAAUCAGACUCUUCAAAACAAUUGCACUUAAAUAAACAUUUGACACAUAGGUAUAGUCAUUAACGCACUAAAAAGGCCAACAUUUUUUAUUUAAGGCUGCCAAAUUUGAAUGAAUUAAAAAAACACCAUGUAUGUACUUCCCUCAGGUAGGCGCUACCGAUCAAUGCAAACUAGAACUAGCAGACAUUCCAACAGCUUCUUCCCUCUUGCAAUUAACUUCUUAAACAGCUAACCUACAAUUCCAUUGCAACAUGCUGCCAAUUUAUUGAUAUCUAUAUUUUUUUGUCUAGAGUUUGUUGUUACAUUUCUGUUGGGCCAAUUAUACAUACCCGUGCACUCACUGGAAUAGUCUCGCCACGCUGCACUAUUUGCAUAUCUGUUGUUGACCAAUACUGGCCACUCAUGCCAGAGUAGCAUCUGCCCCACUUGCACACUGACUGAGGAGUACCUGCAACAUUUGUCGAAUCAACAUUGUCCGAGACUAUCGCGCUACUAGUCACUUUAAACUGCAUACAAUCCUUGAAGUCUCGGUGCCCUUUGCACAAUGGUCAUUGCACCGGACUAUUGCUAUA